UUAUCCCAAACCCAUUCCCUUUCCCUUUCACAUUCCCAUUCCAAACCCAUACUCAUUAUCACCAUCACCAACCCAAAAGGGGGAUUUUAAUUCUGUCACUUUGCACCACACCAACAAGCUUUGGAUUCUCUUACAAGAUUCAACAACCAAAAAGACACAAUCUUUUUUUAUUUUUAUGAUUCCAUCUCAAAUGGGUAGUGUUUGGUUUCAUGUCUUGUGGGAUCUUUCACUUCUUUUCGCCCAAAAAAAAGGUUGCAGAUGUAAGGGGGGGAAAUGAAAAUCAAAGAGUGGAUUGAUAGAUAUAGAGUUAAAUUGAGGAAGAUGAUGAUGAAAUGCUUUUAUUCUGGGGAACAGUUAGAAAGGAAGGAGAUGAAUGCUUCUUCGGAGUCUUUAGCGACUCGGGACUUUUCGGCUAGUGGGUAUUCGUCUCGACCCGGUGAAGCUGAUCCUAAAGUGGAUAAUAGUAAUAUAGAAGAGGCUGAGUCGUCUCUGCGCGAGAGCGGUUUUCUUAAUUAUGAGGAAGCAAGAGCGUUAUUAGGUCGACUAGAGUAUCAAAAAGGAAACAUAGAGGCUGCCCUUCAUGUCUUCGAAGGAAUCGACAUUCCCGCCAUUAUUCCCAAAAUCAAAAACUCACUUUCCCGAAGAUCCGAACCACCCAGACGCCAUUCGCAAAGCGAUACUUCCCCACAAAUGUCCGUUCACGCUAUUAGUUUACUGUUCGAAGCCAUUUUUCUCAAAUCAAAGUCAUUGCAAGCUCUAGGACGGUUUAAAGAAGCAGCCGAAUCCUGCAGAAUCAUACUCGAAACAAUAGAAUCUGCCUUACCCGAUGGAUUUCUCGACUUUUCAUCGUAUUUUAAACUACAAGAAAUCGUGAACAAAUCUGUCGAGUUGUUACCUGAACUCUGGAAACUUGCUUCUGAUCCUCAAGCGUCCAUCUUGUCAUACCGACGGGCCCUGCUUUACCAUUGGAAUCUCGAUCAUAACACGCGAAUGAAUAUCGAAAAAGAGUUUGCUAUAUUUCUGUUAUACAGCGGUUGCGAUGCGAGCCCGCCAAAUCUCAAAUCCCAGAUGGAAAGUUCUUAUGCACCCAAGAACAAUCUAGAAGAAGCUAUUCUUUUGCUACUGAUUCUGUUACGAAAGACGGUUCUUGGCAUAAUCGAGUGGGACCCGUCGAUCUAUUAUCAUCUUUCUUUCGCAUUAUCGUUUUCGUGUGAUCUAACGUCACUUGCUCAUCAGAUCGAAGAGUUCCCACCUGCGAUUCUCGAAAGAAAAGAACGGUACAACACUUUGGCACUAUGUUACUAUGGUGAAGGCGAAGAAAUCGUAUCGUUAAAUCUUUUACGAAGCUUAUUUAACAAUAAUAAAGAGAAAGAGAACCACCAUAGUUAUGCUUUUGAGAUAUUACUUGCUUCCAAGAUAUGUGGAGCGCGAUCGGAUCUCAUCGAAGAAGGAAUCACAUACCUUCGAAAGUUACUUACGACAUUCGAAGGAAAUUGCGACGAAAUGAUUAGUGACGCUAAGUUCUUACUUGGAGUCUCACUUUCCGCAAAAUCAAGAACUUCUAGUUUGGAUUCGGAGAGGAUAUCGACACAAAUGGAAGCGCUAACCGCGCUUGAAUCGGCACACAAAACGAUGAAACACGAAGACGCUAAUGUUUUGUAUAAUCUUAGCCUUGAGUAUGCAGAAAAUAGGAAGUUAGAUAUUGCUCUUUACCAUGCUAAACAGCUAGUGAAAAUUGAGGCUGGUGCUAGUGUAAAGGGAUGGAUUCUUUUAGCGCGUAUUUUAUCCGCUCAGAAACAAUAUUCUGAUGCGGAAAAUAUAAUCGAUGCUGCAUUAGAUGAAACGGGGAAGUGGGAUCAUGGUGAGCUUUUAAGAACAAAAGCAAAGUUACAGAUUGCACAAGGUGAUUUGAAGAGCGCUAUAGAGACCUAUACUCGGCUCCUCGCAGUUCUUCAAGUUCAAAACAAGAGCUUUGGUCUUCAUAAAAAACUGUCAAAGAAGGCGAGUGACAAAGAACGAGGGCUAGAAAUGGAAACAUGGCAUGAUCUUGCAAAUGUGUACACUAGUUUGUCGCAAUGGCGCGAUGCUGAGGUGUGCUUGUUGAAAUCUAAGGCCAUCGAUCCUCAUUCGGCUUCCAGGUGGCAUGCCACAGGCUUACUUCAUCAAGCGAAAGGUCAACGGGAAGAAGCGUUGACUUUAUUUGAGAAGGCGUUAGAUGUUGAUCCAAACCAUGUUCCUAGCCUAAUAUCAACCGCCAUUGUUCUUAGAGAACUCAAUGACCGAUCACUUCCGGUUGCGAAAAGCUUUAUAACCGAUGCGCUAAGGCUUGACAGGACAAACCCGCGUGCAUGGUUCAAUCUUGGUCUGGUUCACAAGGCUGGGCAUGGUUCAUCGGCUCUAGAAGCAGCUGAAUGUUUUGAGGCUGCAAUCAUGCUAGAAGAAUCCGAACCGGUUGAACCUUUCAGAUGAAGCCUGGUUCAGAAUCUAAAUCUCAACAUUGGUCAAUGAUUUAACAUUUUGUUUUACCACAAGAUGAUAGAUAGCUUGUUUAGUUUAUGAUGUAAUAGGUAUACCUAGUAAAGGCUUGCCAUAAUUGUGUAUGAUAUAGUAUUUAUUUUAUUUUGAUAUUGUAUAUGUAAAUUAUUAUGUCCAUGAUUAAUUUAUUUGGUUUUUGUCAA